AUGGCGUUCCUACACGCGCACUCGUGCGAGUGUCUUAAGUCGGAGCUUGAAUUAUUUUCAUUACCGCCAACCCAGACAACGAUCGAGGGGACACACUCUGUAUACUACAAACCAAUCUCAUCGCUGACGGAUGAUUCACCGAUAGAAUUUGUCGUCCCAGGCCAGGGGGAUGAGUACAUUGAUCUCGCGCAUACAAUGCUAAGUAUACGCGUUAAGAUAGAUGCCCCAGAUUAUAAAAAGACAGGGGGGUUAGAGGGCGUAUCACCCGAUGUAGGACCUGUCAAUAAUCUCCUACACUCAAUGUUCAGCCAGAUCGAUGUAUUUUUGAAUCAAAAACUUGUGUCUCCUCCUAACAAUGCUUAUGCUUAUAGAGCUUAUAUUGAAACUCUGUUGAACUAA